CGGCCGCGCUCCAUCUCCGGGGCAGCGGGCGCGGGGCCGGCCAGCGAGCAUCCAUUCCGGCCCGGCCCGGCCCGGCCCACCCCGGCCCUCCCCGGCCCGGCUCUCUCCUUGGCCAGGGCUGCUGGCGCACCCGCAGCGACGGCGCAACCGGCGACGCUUUGUGCCCAGCUUGGACGCGUACCCCCGGACAGGUCCCUGAAUGGAAAGGCCGAGUUCCCCGAGGUGGGCAGCAACCUUGCCGCGCCAGCGGCGUCUCCUUCCUUCGAGGCAAAGGAAGAAGUGAAUGGCCCCUUGGCACGGGCCCCUCUCUGGUUUCUUUGACACAAGCCGGUGUUUUUUGUUUUAAUCUCCCCUGAAAAAUCUCCCUGCUGAAAAUGCAGGAUCAGCGCCCCGAGACCAAAAAUUCCCGAGGACAGGAGAAUGCCAGUGGGGCCUUCCUCAGUGACCUCGUGGAGGCGGUGGAAAGAGCUUCAGUCAGCGAGUCCCCCAAAGGGAACGAGGGGAAUUAUGUCCCCGGGAGCAGGGACUGUGAAGAGGGGGCUCCGCGAUUGGAAAGCCAAGCCAGAAAUGCUGCCUCCGGGGCUGCUUGGCAACCUGAAGUGUCUGACGGUUGCAGCUUGGGCCCCGUGGAACACAACAGCUCCUGGGGGGACUUCGAGGGCUUCAGCGAGACUUCGGACAAGUCGGACACUUUCAACACCCUGGACAUUCUGGAGCGAUGGUCAGCCCCCGGGACGCGAGAAAGCGACCCUGACUUAACUGGAUGUGCCGCAAGCUCUUGUGGCAGUCUGCAGUUUGAUAGUAUGAGGGAAACUGCUGCUAUUUCACCUAGUAAGGCCAAUCUCAGCUAUGAGAAUAUUUUUAAGCUUGUCUUUCAAGAAGUACCAGUACAACAAAUGACUGAGGAUAUUUGCACCUUACACCAUUUUCUAGAAAAAUAUAACGAAGAAAAUACUAGCAGCAAACCUGUAAAGAAGCAUUUUUGUUCUGAGUCCCGAAAACUCUGGAGGAUUCUCCAAGAUGAAGAUGGCACAUCUACUUCAAAAUGCCUCUGGAGUAAAUCUCAUUGCCAAGACAAUUUCUUACUUGUUCUUGGAAUAGAUGCUGCUCAAAAAGAUCUUUCCGGAGGUAGUAAUCAUGUUCUGGAAGAUUCUAAUCUGAAAGAGACCGAAGAGUUAACAGAAGUAAAUGGCUUUAGUCUUAAUAAUUGCAAGGCACUAAUUCAAACCAAGCUCUCUGGAUCCUCAGCUUCUCGACACAACAACCUGUUUAUGUACAACUUGUUUUUGAAGAAGACUCCUUCCAGUGGAAAUAUGCAAUACAUAACAAUUCCAAGAAAGAAAAAACUUUUUACUGCCCGGAAUCUAAAAAUGAAAUUUUUUAAUAGUGAUGUUUGCUAAAGAAAAAUACUUUUUAUCUUUGAGGAAAAUAUUACAUUUUGCUACUGAUUUGGUACUGGAAACUGGAAAUCAUAGACAUCUUUGAGAUGAUAAACUAGAAAUUCUUAGCUGUAUUUUCCUAUGGCUACCAGUUUGCAUAUGAAUUAGUCAAGGGUAAAAAUCAGGACUUUUCUUUGAAGAGCUUGCUCUUCAUUUUUAAAUGUAUUAUUUUCUGGCCACCCC